CUAAAGUCGACGAUCGUCAACUUUUGCGAGCUUAGGCGUCCAGAAUCGCUAUCGCUGGCACCGCUAACGGCGCACUCUCAUCUCUAUUGACGCUGCGCAGCGAACGGCGCAGCUCUGCCGCCAACUGCAGCCGCAGCGACGCGUGAGGAGCACCUCGCCUCUCCACAGCCACAGCCACGCAAUACGCCGACGAUGCCGCGCGGCGGCCCGGACAUCGGCGCUCUAUUAAAACCGGACGAAGUCCGGGAAUGGCGGUCCUUAACCGUCGAGAACCCGAAGUCCAAGCCCACCGCCGCCGAGGCCGCCGCUCUAAAAGAGAAAAAGGCCGCGGAGAAGAAGGGCAAGGAUUCAUUGCUCAAGAAAGUCGUGGAACGUAUUAACGAUUCUACCAUAAAGAAAGAUAAAAUAAAAAAAGCGCUAGAUAAAGCCGCCGCAGAAGCACCACAAGAAGAGGUGCCGCGGCCCUUCUGGCUCGACCCACCGUCCGGGACGAGAGACUUCGAACCGGCCGAGAUGAAGGUGCGGAACUGGCUUUUUGAUCAUAUGAGACAAACAGCAAAAGAGUUCGGGUUCAAGGAGUACGACGCGCCGGUCUUGGAACAUGUCGAGUUAUAUGAACGAAAAGCAGGGGAAGAAAUAAGCCAGCAGAUGUACUGCUUCACGGACAAGGAGGGGGCCCGCGUCACGUUGCGGCCGGAGAUGACUCCGAGUCUAGCGAGGAUGGUCCUCAACCUCACGAAUCUAGCUACGGGCGAAGUUAGGGCAGCUCUGCCCCUCAAGUGGUUUAGUAUACCACAAUGCUGGCGCUUCGAGACGACGCAGCGGGGGAGGAAGCGGGAGCACUACCAGUGGAACAUGGACAUCGUCCGUGAACUGUGUGGAAAUGAUCCUGAGGCUACUGCGAGAGACCUUCGUGAGCCUCCACGCCAUCGAGCAGGCACAGCAUCGGUAUUCCCGCGCAGGUCGGCGAGCCCGGCAUCGUCGCCGAAGUUGAGUUGCUCACGGCGGUCGCGACGUUCUUCAAGCGACUGGGCGUGGGUCCGGACAUUGUCGGGAUUCGGGUCAACUCGAGAAAAGUCUUAGAUGUGGCCAUCACGAAGGCAGGCGUCCCGAGGGACAAGUUCGAGCGCGUUUGUGUGGUCGUCGAUAAAUUAGACAAGAUCGGCGCCGAGGCGGUCAAGUGCAUGCUGACCGAGGAUCUCGAAUUACCCUCACAAACAGCUGAUGUUAUCUUGCAAUGCUUACAGGCUUCUAGUGUUGAUGACCUAGCGAAGGCCGUCGGUUUAUCCCAAUCAGACCCGGCGAUUGCCGAACUCAAGACGCUGUUCGAAUUAUGCAAAGCGUACGGUGUGGGGGACUACCUCGACUUCGAUGCAAGUGUAGUGCGAGGUUUAGCCUACUACACGGGCGUGGUCUUCGAGGCUUUCGACAGGAAGGGUGAACUCCGGGCCAUCUGUGGCGGGGGUCGGUACGACCGGUUAGCGGAGUUAUAUGGAGGCGAGAAAUGUCAAAUCCCGUUCUGUGGCUUCGGCUUCGGGGACUGCGUCGUCGUUGAAUUAUUGAAGGACUACGGGUUGAUGCCGGACGCGUCGCCGUCGGUCGAUGUGGUCGUCGCGCCUUUUGACGCGACGAUGCAGCCUCAUGCGCUGAAAGUUGCCGCUUCCUUACGAAAAGCGGGGCUGUCGGUCGACGCCGCGUUGACGGCGUGCAAAGCGCGGAAAGCUUUUGAUCUGGCCAACCGGCAAGGCGCGCGGCUCGUCGCCUUCGUGGCGCCCGGCGAGUGGGCCCGCGGUCUCGUGAGGGUCAAAGAUAUGGAAGUUAAGGAUCCCUCGACGAACGAGGGUUUACAAGUAGACGUGCCCUUCGCUGACUUGGCGAGCGUGGUGUCGCACUUGCAGAAUGCGGCUAGUGCGAAAGGUGCUUCUUGGGUGCCGCUUGGUGUCGAUGCGGCGCCGGCUCCUUCCACUCAAGUGGGCGCGACGCUCGGGACCGCGGGCAAGCUGUCGCUGAAGGCGACGGCGAAGUUCUCGGCGCUGGCGCUCUGAUUCGAUUUGGGGGGUGCGUAAGGCUAGUUAGUAGCUUA